AUGAACAGUCUUGUAAGAAGGAAACAAGUUGACUCUGUUCAUCUGAUAAACAACGAUGCAAAUCAUCAGCUUGCUAAGAAAUUAACCGCAGUUGAUCUUGUCGCUAUUGGAGUUGGGACAACAAUUGGAGCAGGAGUGUAUAUACUUGUGGGAACAGUAGCUAGAGAACACACAGGACCUGCUCUUGCUGUAUCUUUCUUCAUUGCUGGAGUAGCAGCUGCUCUCUCUGCUUGUUGUUAUGCUGAGCUUGCUUCUCGAUGUCCUUCUGCUGGGAGUGCUUAUCAUUAUGCGUACAUAUGUCUUGGAGAAGGGAUUGCUUGGUUGGUUGGUUGGGCACUGGUGUUGGAUUAUACAAUUGGUGGAUCAGCUAUUGCUCGUGGGAUAACUCCAAAUCUGGCAUCUUUUUUUGGAGGUUUGGACAAACUGCCUGUGUUCUUAGCUCGACAAACCAUACCCGGACUUGGUGUUGUGGUUGAUCCAUGUGCAGCACUGUUGAUUAUGAUUGUCACAGUACUCCUAUGCUUUGGGAUAAAGGAGAGUUCAUUAGUACAAGCAAUUGUAACAUCAGUGAAUGUGUGCACCUUGGUUUUCAUCAUAGUAGUUGGUGGAUAUCUAGCUUGCAAGACUGGAUGGGUUGGAUACGAUCUUCCGAGUGGGUAUUUUCCUUUUGGAUUAAAUGGAAUACUCGCCGGAUCUGCUGUAGUAUUCUUCUCAUACAUUGGAUUUGAUACUGUGACUAGCACGGCUGAGGAGGUUAAAAAUCCUCAAAGAGAUCUUCCACUCGGCAUUGGGAUCGCGUUACUGAUAUGCUGCAUUCUGUAUAUGCUUUUAUCAGUAGUUAUUGUUGGAUUAGUCCCAUACUAUUCAUUGAAUCCUGAUACUCCUAUCUCCUCUGCAUUUGGAGACAGUGGGAUGCAAUGGGCAGCGUACAUCUUAACCACUGGGGCAAUAACUGCUCUGUGUGCAAGUUUGUUGGGUUCGCUUCUGGCUCAGCCACGAAUCUUCAUGGCAAUGGCUAGGGACGGAUUGCUGCCGGCUUUCUUUGCAGAAAUUAGCCCACGAACUCAAGUACCGGUGAAAAACACAAUUGUAAUUGGUGUGCUGGCUGCUACAUUGGCAUUUUUCAUGGACGUUUCACAGUUGUCGGAGAUGGUUAGUGUAGGCACUCUGAUGGCGUUCACUGCGGUAGCAGUUUGUGUGUUAGUUCUCAGAUAUGUACCACCAGAUGGAGUUCCCCUACCAUCUUCCUCUAAAACUUGGACUGAUACCGAUGAAAGUAGAGCCGAAACUGAAGAUUUUCUUGUGGAUGCUAUAGAAUCUUCUGAUUCCCCUCUACUUGGCGAUGAAAGAGCUCGAGAUGAAAAGUAUUUCGGAAAGAGAAGAAAAAUUGCUGCCUGGAGUAUAGCUCUUGUGUGCAUAGGUGUCCUAGGCCUUGCUUCCUCAGCUUCUGCUGAGCGUCUUCCAAGUUUUCCUCGGUUCACUAUAUGUGGUGUCAGUGCAGCCAUCUUAUUUGGGAGUUUGAUUACUCUUGGUUGCAUCGAUGAGGAUGACGAACGACACAACUUUGGACACCAAGGAGGGUUUCUCUGUCCAUUUGUCCCAUAUCUUCCUGUUCUCUGCAUUUUGAUCAAUACCUACUUGAUCAUCAACAUUGGAGCUGGGACAUGGAUCAGGGUCAUGAUAUGGUUACUUCUUGGAAGCAUGAUUUAUCUGUUCUAUGGCCGAUCACAUAGCUUACUGAACAAUGCGGGUUACGUCCCAACGACUACUUGUACAGGGAAAACAACAGAUCAUAUUGCUUGA